CUUGCACAACUUUGUCUUUCGACUCAGCCCUCGUUUGUUGCUGCCAAGACCCCCAUCGGUAACAGGGAUGUCUAAGAGGAAAGUUCAGUUUGCUGACGAUGAGGAGAAGGAGGAGUUUGAUUUCGAGUCCGAGCUGGGAGCGGAAGGCGCUGAUCAUGCCCCGCGUUUCAAAGGAAAACAUUCGCUGGACAGUGAUGAGGAAGAUGCAGACGUGAAGGAAGAUCAGUACAAUGUUCUGGCUGAAGAUGAUAUUGAAGGUCAGGAAGAUGCAACAAUAGACUAUGAUGAAGGAGUGAAGAUUACACCAUUUAACAUGAUAGAGGAGAUGGAAGAAGGGCAUUUCGACAAGCAUGGGAUGUAUAUCUUUGAGAAAACCAAGGAUAACAUCAAGGAUCACUGGAUGGACAACAUAGACUGGGUGAGAGUAAAGGAGAGAUCCAAAGGGGAGACAAGUGGAACUGGAGACAUGGACAACGACGACGAUAAUGAUAGUGAUUACUGGGAUAUCAAAGACGAAAACAAGGCACAGAUUUACGAGAAAAUGAUAGAGGUGGUAAAGCCUGGAGAAACCAUUGCCAAGGCCCUGAGGCGUCUGGGAGGUGGAACAAAAUCCAUGACAGCAAGUCAAAGAUGGAAAGCCAAAAAACAGAAAAUGGCUGCCGGAGAUUCUAAGGGAGAUAACCCAGAAGACAAAGCCAUGUUCCUGAAACUGACAGGAUUGGCUGAUGACCUGGUGUCAGCUGGUGUAAUGGACAUUUAUGAGGCCACGUAUGAGAAACUCGUUUUUACGCUGAAGUCUUUAAAGGGAGAAAAGAAGGAAACCAGAUUACCUGAAGGUGCGAAUGAUGAUGAUGCCUUAGAUAUGUUUGCAGACAACUUUGAUAACAAAGAUUCUAAAGACAGCAAAGGAGAAAGUAAUGCAGCUGAUAAAGCUGACACUGAAAAAUCUUCAAAUGACAAACCCGAGGAAUCAUCUGAGGUAAUGUGGAUGUACAAGUGGGAGGAGAGAGAAGAUUGUGAGCUUCAUGGACCAUUCUCCAGCUCACAGAUGCUCCACUGGGCUGACGAGGGCUACUUUGGCAAGGGCGUAUUGUGCAAGAAGGUCGGCUCAGACGGACAAUUUUACAGCUCCAAGAGAAUUGACUUUGAUCUCUACACUUGAAUGAGACUGCGUGUUGAUGCAUUAUUCAGAGGCAGACAUUUAUGUUAACUUUGUCCUCUGUUGUUAUGUCACAACUAAA